ACGCGGUGAGGCUCACUCCUUCGUCGAGUCCGAGAGAGCCGGAGCGGAGAGGCGGCCCGGGAGCAGGGGGGCGGCCCCCACUCCGGCCGGGUGCCCGGCCCCUGGCCCCUGCCUGCCCUCUAGAUCGCCGCCGCCGCCGCCGCCGCCGCUGGGAGUCUGCCUGCCUGUUGCGGGACGCACUAGACCUCCCUCCAUGGAGUUCGGCCUGCUCAGCGAGGCAGAGGCCCGGAGCCCUGCCCUGUCGCUGUCAGACGCGGGCACUCCGCACCCCCAGCUCCCAGAGCACGGCUGCAAGGGCCAGGAGCACAGCGACUCAGAGAAGGCCUCGGCUUCGCUGCCUGGCGGCUCCCCGGAGGACGGUUCACUGAAGAAGAAGCAGCGGCGGCAGCGCACGCAUUUCACCAGCCAGCAGCUGCAGGAGCUGGAGGCGACCUUCCAGAGGAACCGCUACCCCGACAUGAGCACGCGCGAGGAGAUCGCCGUGUGGACCAACCUCACCGAGGCCCGCGUGCGGGUGUGGUUCAAGAACCGGCGCGCCAAAUGGCGGAAGCGCGAGCGCAGCCAGCAGGCCGAGCUGUGCAAGGGCAGCUUCGCGGCGCCGCUCGGGGGGCUUGUGCCGCCCUACGAGGAGGUAUAUCCCGGCUACUCGUACGGCAACUGGCCGCCCAAGGCGCUUGCCCCGCCGCUCGCCGCCAAGACCUUCCCAUUCGCCUUCAACUCGGUCAACGUGGGGCCUCUGGCUUCGCAGCCCGUCUUCUCGCCACCCAGCUCCAUCGCCGCCUCCAUGGUGCCCUCCGCCGCGGCUGCCCCGGGCACCGUGCCAGGGCCUGGGGCCCUGCAGGGCCUGGGCGGGGGCCCCCCCGGGCUGGCUCCGGCAGCCGUGUCCUCCGGGGCCGUGUCCUGCCCUUACGCCUCGGCCGCCGCCGCCGCCGCGGCUGCCGCCUCCUCCCCCUACGUCUAUCGGGACCCGUGUAACUCGAGCCUGGCUAGCCUGCGGCUCAAAGCCAAACAGCACGCUUCCUUCAGCUACCCUGCCGUGCACGGGCCGCCCCCAGCAGCCAACCUCAGUCCGUGCCAGUACGCCGUGGAAAGGCCCGUAUGAGCGGCCCCGCCUGUAGAUCAUCCCCCAGGGCGGGGGCGACGAUUCACAGCCCCCUAGGACUGGGGUCGUUUUGACUGGCUUGCUCCCGCCCCAGGGUCUAAAAGGGGUGUUUGGUCAGCUGGGGGCGCCGGCUCAGGAGAGGGCCUUCCCCUCCCAGCCCUGAGGGGUGGACUGGGCCCUACACACAGACCGCGCCCCUGGGACUAAAGCCAGGAACAGGGACCAGCUUCCCGGGGGCCAACUCACCCUUGGCCCAUCCCUCCUUCUCCAGGCUUCCCCUCCCUCGUUUUCAAAGAUAAAUGAAAUAAACGUGCGCGGACUGUC